AUGUUAAGAAUUCAAUCAAGAAACAUAUGCCAAACAGUUGUGAAAAAUGCUGGUGUAGCCGGGAAAGGGAAAUCCCAAGGGUUUUCAAAGGCUGCAUCAACUAGUAAAAGACCAGCUCCAAAGAGAAUAACACCUACUACUUUGUAUAAAAACUGGGUGAACACCAUUCAUAGCUCAAAACUGAAUCGUAAUGCAACACAAGUUUCAGGAAUCCCAACAUUUAAUCCAAUUAAUAUGGAUUCAUGUAUAAACUCUGUAACACACUUCAGUGAUAAACAAACAAAGGCAUUACGUUAUUUAGGCUCCUUUAAGAAAGGUCAAUAUAAUGAAUUAUUCACCAAACCAAUAUCUUUAAUUAGAAAGAAUUCAACUGAACAAUUAUGGAAAAAACUAUCAACCACUGGGUCUCAAAGAGUGAUUAUAACCGGUGAAUCUGGGAUUGGUAAGACUUCUUUAUUAGCUCAAAUGCAUUCAUGUGCUGUAGAGUCUGAUUAUAUCGUUGUAAAUAUAUCCUACCCAGAACUAUUUCUAAAUGGUAGAAACGAUUUUUUCUUUGACAAAAAUUUAAAAACAUAUGUACAACCGAUGUAUCUAAAGUCUCUAAUACGAAAGAUAAUUAAGGCUAAUGACGAAAAUGUACUAAAUUCCAUCAAAUUAUCUAAAGAUUAUAAUUUUGUGAAAACAACUCUUAAGGGAACAGAUAACAUUAACCUUUCCAAAGGUAAGAACUCUUUAUUCGACUUGCUGAAUGUAUCUAUUAACUCAAACAUUCGUGGUGAACAAUUUGAAGGUUUAAUAAAUGAACUAUUUUUUCAGGAUAAAGUUCCUAUUUGUUUUACUGUCGAUAAUUUUUCAAGAAUGUUGACUGGUGCGUUUUCUGAUUAUAAGGAUGUUAAUAAUAAGAAUAUUUACUUAAUGGAAUUACAAAUGGGAAAAACCAUUAUGGAUAUAGUUUCAAACGAACGAAAAUUGAACAAUAAAAAGAGUUGUGUUAUUUUAGCAAUAUCAGGUAUCGAUAAAACGAAUAGAACAUUACCAGUCGCCCUGGGUAAAAUUCCUGCGGAUCCAUAUAUGAAGAGAAACAUAUAUGAACCAAAUUUUGUAGAUAUUUUACAAAAAGGGAAAGUUGAAGAGUUUGAAGUUCCUAAACUUUCAAGAGAGGAAGCUAAAAAGUUAAUUCAAUAUUAUAUAGAUGCUAAGAUUGUGUUGAAUAGAGAUGUUGAAACUAAAACAUUGGAACAAAUGACAGAUGAGAAGUACUUUAUGAGCGGUAGUGGUAAUCCUAGAGAACUUCUGAAGAGUAUUGUUCUUACUCAUAAAUAG